AUGUCUUCGUUCCAGGGAAGCGCGCGUGUUUUGAGCGCAAGUCCCUAUGUGCUUGUCAACGCUCGGAAGAAGGGAGAAAAAUUGUCAUCUCCCGCCCCAGAUGCCUUAAGUUGUAUCCGUACAAUACACUCGUUGUUUCCCAUAUCCGAGUCGCGCAGAGAUGAGGAGCCACCCGCGAAGCGGCGCAAACUUGGCCAUGACGAUGCUGCCCCCGAAAAACCGCCGCAAGAUUUCAGCGACAAGAAGAGCGUUGUUCUGGUCAAGAUCUCUCUGGAUUUGAACAUGCCCGCCACAUCGCGCGAGGACGAAGACAUGACAUACGUUUCGACUGAGUUGCAAGAACCCGUAGCACUUGCAUUGGAAAAGGUUCGAAAAGAUCCCACCCAGUCGGCUCUCCAGAUGGAGGUCUUCAACGUGGUCGGGAACACGGGAGUGGAAAUGGUUGUCACAGCCCCCGCCUCUCUGCUAGAUUCGAUACAACCGCAUCUUCGGAACGCCGCCACGCUCGCUACCACGCGACACGGGAAUAUAUCCAAGUCUGGACCUAGGGCCGCCUUUUGUCGCUGUCUCCUGCGUCGAUCCACAUCUGAACGAGUCGCAUACAAGUUGGAAGUUGAGAUACGCUGGAUGCUGGGCAUAUCAGUUGUUGAAGAUGAGACUAUUCGCAGUCAUUACGCCAACGAGGAUCUUAAGCUACUCUCUACCUACAUGAGUGAUGCCGUUCCACAGGACAACAAUACAUGGACUCUGUCUGAUUUCUACAACUCGGUUCAUGCACCACCGCGGGAUCUCAAGAUUUCACCCCGCAUUGGGCAGGCAUUGACCGAGACGAAGCUGCUGCCAUUCCAGCAACGGACAGUGGAUUGGCUUCUCCGACGAGAAGGAGUCACUUUCUCUCCUUCGGGUGCGCUCGAACCUUUCGUCAAUACUUCACCACCAACAUCGUUCAGGCUAAAACAGGAUGCGACAGGGCGAUUGUGUUAUGUGAGCCAGCUCCGGGGCACUAUAAUAACUGAUCUAGCUGAGGCUACAGCAGAUAUCCUGAGGUCACUAAGAGGCGGGAUACUCGCGGAGGAGAUGGGUCUGGGCAAGACAGUCGAACUGAUUGCGCUCAUGUCGCACCACAAGCGAGAAAUCCCUCAAGGCAACGUCUAUGACGCAUAUACAAGGGCCCAUGUGAAACCUUCUGGAGCUACAUUGAUCAUCGCCCCUUCCUCCAUUCUGGAGCAGUGGAUAAGCGAAAUGCAUGUCCACGCACCCGAGCUCAAGGUCUGUCACUACACAGGACUCCCGCCGUCAUCAGCACCCAAAGAUCGCCAUGCAACAGCCACGGUUGACCAUCUUAUGCAACACGAUGUAGUUGUGACCACAUACCAGGUUCUCUCUCGAGAAAUUCAUUUCGCAGUUCCUCCUCCGGAUCGUAGUUCACGGCACACUAACCGUCGUGAGCGCCGAAGCAGCCCGCUCAUGGCGAUGUCUUGGUGGAGGGUUUGCCUUGAUGAAGCUCAAAUGGUGGAGACGGGAGUUAGUCAGGCCGCCAGAGUAGCUCGAAUGAUACCACGUUGCAACGCUUGGGCCGUCUCAGGGACUCCUCUGCGCAAGGAUGUUCAGGAUUUGCGUGGUCUUCUGGUAUUCCUUCGCUGCGAUGCUUAUGCAGACAGCAAAGCCGUUUGGGGCAAUUUCGACAAGACUCUCUUCAAGGAUAUUUUCAAUGAGAUUACAGUGCGGAAUACUAAAGACAAGGUUCGAGAUGAGCUACAGCUGCCGCCGCAAAAGCGCAUUGUCAUUACUAUUCCGUUUACUACUAUCGAGGAACAGCACUACGAUGAGAUGAUGCGCCAAAUGUGUGAUGCUUGUUGGCUCACAUCCGAGGGUUUGCCAUUGGAAGAAGGCCGUCAACUACAGGAUGCGGAACAGAUUGAACGAAUGCGAGAGUGGCUGGUCAGGUUACGCCAGACAUGUCUCCAUGCGAACGUGGGACGCAAGAACCGGAAAGCAUUGGGCACAAGGCAUGGUGCUUUACGCACUGUGCAUGAAGUUCUCGAGAUCAUGAUAGAACAGAACGACAACAAAUGGAAAGCAGAAGCCCGUGAGAUGAUUCUUUGCCUGCUCAAACAAGGUCACAUUCAAGCGUAUGCUGGAGAUUUCGCCAACAGAGCAAAAUCUGCGCUUCCAUACUAUAGUGCCGCACGGUUGGAGGCGCAGUCAUACAUUACAUUGUGCAGAACCGAGUUGGCGGCGGAGCAAGAAAAGCUGGGUCGAACAUCUACAGCCAGUCUUCGCGAUGUUGACGAGGAUGAGGAGGAAAACGCUGAGAAGAUGGGCCGCAUUCCCGUCCUACGCAGGUCACUGCGGUCAUUCUUGGAGCUUGAGCACGCUGCACAAUUCUUUGCUGCUACAGCAUUCCACCAAAUCAAAGAAGACCCGUUACAAACAGAGCCGGGCUCAGAAGACUGGCACGAAAAAGAUAGAUCUGAAACGGCUUACUAUGAAGCAGCUAAAGUAAUCCGACGUGAGCUUUUGAAAGAAUCAAAGACCAAGGCGAAGGAGCAGAUGGAAAAGAUCAACGCGAAGAAGCCUUUUCAUCAGAUAGCCAAGAUCAGCGACCUUCCAGAUCUGGGUGGCAUUGAAGCACGGAGGAUCCUUGACACGAUAGACAACAUCAGCGACUUUUUAAAUGCACAAACGGAGCAGAUACAAAUAUGGCGCUCGAAGAUUGUAGACAUCCUCUUGACACGUUUGAUGGACGAUGAUGAUGAUCAAGAGACCACUGGCGAGGAGUAUGAUGAGUCAUUGAAGGUCCAAGAUGAACUCUAUGUUUACAUCAUGGCUCUGCGCACACUGGUCGCCGACCGUCAUGCUGCUGUGCACGGCCUUCAGGAUGCUCUCAUCGAACACGAGAUGAAGGCUGCUGAAAAGCAAGCCCUUAAUAAAGAGCCUGGAGCAGAUCGUGGACAUGCGCCUGAGCUGGUCGUUGAGAUUGCGAAUGUGCGGCGUAAGCUGAAAAGCAUGCUGCAAGCUGGAUCUUUGAAGGGAGUGAUAUCUGGCAUCCGCUCGCUGAUUAACAGUGUGCAAUGGAAGGCAGAAGCUGGCGACGUACGCGCCGCUUCGGAACUGAACAUACUUCAGGAGCAAUUCAAGAAGGUACAAGCUAUCGCUAUGGACCAAGCAAAGGCUAUCACCGAGUUGGAAAAAGAGCAAGAAAUGUUUCGAACCACGAUGAACCAGCGCCUGGAGUACUACCGGCAAUUCCAACACAUUUCUGACACGGUUGCCAAGUAUAAAGAAGACCUCGAUGCGACUUUUGAUGCCCGCGCUUUCAACGAGACGGAGGCCCUGCGAGCACAGAAGAAGGACAGUGCAGCUGGUUUCAAAACAAAGUGCACUUACCUGAAGCACCUCCGAAGUGAGAACCAGAAAGAAGUCACUGCCGAAUGCAUCAUCUGCCGAGAAGACAUUGAAAUCGGCCUUUUGACAACCUGCGGCCACAAAUACUGCAAAGAAUGCAUAAACCAAUGGUGGCGCACCCACCGCAGCUGUCCCACCUGCAAGCAAAAACUUAGCUCCUCCGACUUCAAAGACAUUAGCUUCAAGCCUUCUGAAAUCAGAGCGCAAGAAGAGACUACAUCCACAAGUUUCAACCCCCCAACACAAGCAACCUCUUCUUCAUCUUCCUCGUCCUCAUCUUCCUCCAAUUUACCCUCUGGUCCCUCCUCCCCCUCCAUCUACUCCUCCAUCAGCAACACCACGAUGCGCGAAAUCCGCACCAUCUCCCUCACCGGCUCCUACGGCACAAAAAUCGACAUGCUCGCCCGCCACCUCCUCUGGCUCCGCGCCAACGAUCCCGGCGCAAAAUCCAUCCUCUUUUCUCAAUUCAGCGACUUCUUCGUGGUCCUCCGCGACGCAUUCAGGAAAUGGAAAAUCAAUGCUACAAGCACCGCUGACCGCGAUGGCAUUCAGCGCUUCAAGUCUGAUCCGAGCGUCGACUGCUUGCUGCUGGAUGCGAAGUCGGAUUCUUCAGGCCUGACGCUGGUGAAUGCCACAUAUGUCUUUCUAUGUGAGCCCCUGAUUAAUGCGGCGAUUGAGUUGCAGGCGAUUAGUCGGGUGCAUCGCAUUGGUCAAAUGAGGGGCACAACCGUGUUUAUGUAUCUUGUGGCUGGCACGGUGGAAGAGGCGAUUUACGAGAUUAGUGUUAAGAGGAGGUUGGAGCAUAUGUCUUCUUCUGACCGGGGUGACGGUAAGGCGAAAGCACGGGAGGAUGGCACGCAGGGUCUGGGGGAACAGGCGCUUGAUAAGGCGAAUUCGGCGGAGUUGGAAAAUUCAUCUUUGAGCAAUUUACUGAGGAAAAAGGGGGAUGGCGAGGUGGUGCCUGAGCAUGAUCUUUGGUAUUGUUUGUUUGGGAAGAAGAGGCGGAGUGGUGGUGAGGACGUGGUGAGGACAGAGGUGGAGAGGGUAGUGGAGAGGGAGCUGAGGGCGGGGGCUGGGGAGGCGAGGAUUGCGGAUGCGGAUGAGGUCAUGGUGGAUGUUUAG